CAUCACUUAGUUAUAUAGUGAGAUCGCGAGUGGUUAGUCUUUGGGUGACAGAGGAAACUGCUCCCUGACUGAUAAGCAGGCACUGCAAUAGAGAGACACAUGCUGUUUCAUAAGGGUACGCCUGAUUUCCAGUUAUGACCAUGUUUUUGUGGCUUGAACUCUUGGCAUUUGGCUUUGCCCUUCUGGACAACAAUGUUUUUGUCAAAGGAGAAGGAAUAGAAGGAACUGAACAUUCUUCCAUGCCCACAAGCACAUCACUUCUAUCUGCAAACUCCACUUCACACUCACCUGCAGGCGACAACAAAGAGCAAAGCGACCCUAAAAAAAAAGAUUAUUCCCAUAUGACAUCCUUGCACACUUCACCAUCCACGAGCCUUACUCCAACCAGCACUACAGCAAACAUGCCUGAGUCUUCCUCAGACACCUCACAUUCCAUGACAACUGCUUCACCUCCAAAAAAUGAUACGACUGCAGUAACGACUUCUCCUAUAAAGUGUGACAACAUUACUCUUGAAGUUGUGCGUUACAGCUACACUGAGAACCACAUCAGUGCAAAAGUGAAAGUUUGGAAAUGCAACAAAAAUAUAACUUCAUUCACUCUUAAAUGUACUAAUUGUACUAUAAAAAAUGACACUAUCGAAGGACUUCAGGAAUGUCAAACAUAUGACAUUGAAAUAGAAGUUAAUGGUUCUACCCAUUCAUAUCCAAUUCAUGUCCCACCUGAUGAAAAAAGAUACAACUUUAUGAUUGAAGUAAUAAAUGACAGCUCUUUGAGUUUAAGGUGGACUAGAAACGACCCACCUAAAUGUAAUUUGACCUACUUCUAUGCCUGUUCUGAAAAUUUGAGCAGUCAACGAAACCAGUUUUCAAUGUCAAACCACUGUAUUGAGCUGACGGGUCUGUCAGCCAACACCCCUUAUAACUGUACUUCAAAAAUAAUCUUUUUGGAAACCAACAAAACGAUCAAAGAAGUUGAGGAACAUAUGACAACAGAUUUUGGAAAACCAGAGAAACCUGAACCUCUUGAUCCAGUAACCACAACUUCUGGAAGUGUAUCAUUCAAUUGGAAAGCACCAUCAAAAAAAACAAAUGGCCCUAUUGAUGGCUAUAUAGUGAAAUGUUAUGAGGACAGUGAAGGCAAAAAACAAAGAGAAGAAAACAUGGCCAAUUUUCAACGUAAUGGAAAGGAUGUUGGUAACAACACUUCUUAUAACUGUACAGGAUUUCGUCCUUACACAAAAUAUAAUGUGUCAGUUAACACAUACACCAAUACGAAGAAGGGACGACCAGAAUGUAGUGUAGAACCUUUGUUUUAUUGGGGAUACACAAAUUCAUCAAAACCAGGUGCAGUGAAGAUUAUCAGUAUAAGUCAACCACACAACAAUGUUGUCCACAUUAAGUGUGAGGGGCAUGCACCAAAUGGCAAAUUCCAAAUUUUCAAUUUGAAAUGGGAUGGAAAAGUCAUUAACCGAUCCAAGUGUGAUUUUCGUCAAGAAAAUCUUUAUUACUUGACCACAUAUGACAUUGAGAUUUACAUGUACAAUGGAGAUUAUGAGGGGGAUCCUGUCAAAGACAAAGUAACAACAAAAUACAAUUCUCACGCCCUGAUUAUAUUCCUGGCGUUCUUGAUUAUUGUGACAUCAAUUGCCUUACUUAUUGUUCUGUAUAAAAUCUAUGAUCUCCACAGAGAGAAAUUAAGCAAUUCAGGUGAAGAUGUGAUGCUUGUUAAGAGGGAUGAUGAAAAGCAACUGAUGAAUGUAGAGCCAAUUCCUUCAGAAAUGUUGUUGGAAACCUACAAGAGAAAGAUUGCUGAUGAAGGAAGACUUUUCCUUGAUGAAUUUCAGAGCAUUCCCAGAGUUUUCUCUAAGUUCUCAAUAAAGGAAGCACGCAAAAACUACAACCAAAACAAAAACCGUUACAUUGACAUUCUCCCUUAUGAUUAUAACCGAGUUGAACUCUCAGAGAUAAACGGAGACCCAGGAUCAGACUAUAUAAAUGCAAGCCAUAUUGACGGUUUCAAAGAACCAAGGAAGUACAUUGCUGCACAAGGCCCCAAGGAUGAGACCACUGAUGAUUUCUGGAGAAUGAUCUGGGAACAGAAGGCAACAAUUAUUGUUAUGGUGACUCGCUGUGAAGAAAAUAAUAGGAACAAAUGUGCCCAAUACUGGCCGACCACAGAAAAUAGCACUGCAACUUUUGGGGACACUGUUGUGAAGAGCAAUGAAAGUAAAAUAUGUCCUGACUACAUUAUUCAGAAACUGCAUAUUACAAAUAGAAAGGAGAAGACACCUGGGAGAGAUGUGACUCACAUUCAGUUCACUAGCUGGCCAGACCAUGGAGUGCCUGAAGAUCCUCAUCUUCUCCUCAAAUUACGCCGCAGAGUUAAUGCUUUAAGCAACUUUUUUAGUGGCCCAGUAGUGAUUCAUUGCAGUGCUGGUGUUGGACGUACUGGAACCUAUAUUGCAAUCGACGCUAUGCUGGAGGGGUUAGAGGUAGAAGGCAGAGUGGAUGUUUAUGGCUAUGUUGUAAAGCUCCGUCGACAGCGAUGCCUCAUGGUUCAAGUAGAGACACAGUACAUCCUGAUCCAUCAAGCACUGGUGGAAUACAAUCAGUUUGGUGAAACAGAGGUCACUGUCUCUGAACUGCACACCUACCUUAAUAAUCUGAAGAAAAGAGAUCCUCCCAGUGACCCCUCUCUGCUGGAAGCAGAGUUCCAGAGGUUACCAUCGUACAGGGGAUGGCGGUCACAGAACACUGGCAAUCGACAGGAAAAUAAAAGUAAAAACCGGAAUUCCAAAAUGAUUCCAUAUGACUUUAACAGAGUACCAAUUAAACAUGAGGAGGAGAAAAGCAAAGAGAGUGAACAUGAUUCAGAGGAAUCAUCUGAUGAGGAUAGUGAUUGUGAGGACGCAAGCAGAUACAUAAAUGCAUCAUUCAUAACUGGCUACUGGGGUCCAAAAGAAAUGAUUGCAACGCAAGGGCCACUACCAGAAACAAUCAAUGACUUCUGGCAAAUGAUCUUUCAAAGAAAAGUCAAAGUAAUUGUUAUGUUGACAGAGCUGAACGAAGGAGAUCAGCAACUCUGUGCACAAUAUUGGGAAGAAGGAAAACAAAGAUACGAAGGCAUAGAAGUUGAAAUGAAAGAUGUCAACCUGUCUUCUAGCUACACCAUACGCGCAUUUGAUGUAACACAUGUGAAGAGGAAAGAAACUCGAAAUGUGUAUAUGUACCAGUACCACAGGUGGAAUGGCUUGGACCUUCCUGAAAACCCCAAAGAUUUAGUCACCAUGAUUCUGAACCUCAAACAAAAACUUGCAGCUAAAAGCGUCACUGAGGACAGCAGAUACAGCCGGAGCGUUCCAAUUGUCAUUCACUGCCGUGAUGGAUCUGAACAAACUGGUGUGUUUUGCGCCUUGUUGACUCUCUUGGAAAGUGCAGAAACAGAAGAUGUGAUAGAUGUCUUCCAAGUAGUGAAAUCUCUUCGACGUGAGAGGCCAGGAAUGGUCCCCACUUUUGAACAAUACCAGUUCCUGUAUGAUACUGUUAGCAGCAUCUACCCUGCACAGAAUGGACAAAUAAAGAAAAACAGCAAGCAGGAAGAUACAGUUGAAAUUGACAAUGAAGUAGAAAAAACAGAUCAGGAAGCUAAUUUGAUUACUAUAGAUAUCACCUCACUGGAGUCAGAAGCCAAUAUGAAUAUGGAAGCGUGUGAAGAUUCCAAAUCUGCAGAUGGCACUCAGGGAACAGAAAGCUCUUCAAAUGGACCCAAGACUCCAGUUUUAACUGAGAGUGCAUAGAAAAAUAUAUGAAAUUUGGAUGUACAAAGGCAUCUUAAACAGAAUAAGUAGUAGAGAUUUGAUCUUGAGUUAAUUUUUCAGAGGUACGGUAUGGAAAGAAUACUUGAAAUUUGUGGAUAAUGUAAUGCACUGUGAAAAUUUAAUUUUUGUGUAGAUUUGCAUUUUAUUCCUUUCACAUUAUUUGAAUUAUUUUUGAUCUUUUUACAAAUCUGUAUAUUGAAAUGCUGAUUUUCAUUAUGGUCUGGUAUUCAGGAGUGGAAAGAAAAGUCAUGCUACCUUUUUCCGAUCUUAUUUUUUGUUAUAAGAAAGUAAGUAGCCAGGACUGGAAUCUCUAAUAAUGUACAGUCAUAAAUAUAGAGUUGGAAGUAUGGCAAAUAUGAGUUUUCUUGUGACUAAUUAUUGUCUUACUAUCUUUAAUUGACUUAGAGGGUAAGGAAUAUGGCCUGAAUUUCAGAAAUUCAAUUCCUAUUGACUUUAGUUAGGGUUGUACUUGCUUUGCAGAACAGCAAAGCCAUAUCUGGGCCAUAUCUUACAGCUCCAUUGAAGUCUAUGGGGAUUUACACCAACUAAGUAACUGUUUCCACACAUCCUUACCUAUCUAGGAGGACUGAAAGCUUUGCAUUUUUCUAACUGGCCUCAAGAUGUCCUCAUUGCUCCACAUAAAUCCAUCUGAGGCUUCAAUAUUUGAGACUGAAGAAGAAAGUCCAGAACUUGGAAUAUUGACUGAUUGGAGAAACUCUGAUAGUUAAUUGAAUUGACAUUUGGCAACUUGAGAUCCCAUGUGUUACCACAACUGCUUCUUGUGCUAUUUUUUCUAAUGUAAAGAUGGCGCUUCUGCAAAAGUGUCAUACCUGUUAUGUGUAUUCAACAUUACAUAAUACUAUGCUACUAAUAGUACAUGCUACUAGCACAUUGUUGAUUUUAUUUAGUAGUUUCAUCAUAUGAUGAUUUGUAUGUUACAGUUUGGAUUAUUUUACUAUUGCCUUAGUGGAUUUCAGCCUAAUAUUUUAAAGCCAAAUAAAAAGGACAAUUAAUAAAUUG